GCGGGGCCCAGCCUGUCACGGUGUAAGAUGGCGGCCGGGGCCUCGGGCGGGCGGAGCCGGAGCCGCCGCGGGGUUAGCACUGAGACGAGGCCGGGGAUCGAGGCCCAGCGCCAGGCCGGGCCCGGGCCGCUGUGUGACGGCUGCUCCCGGACCCUGACUCCCGAGGCCACACUCGAGCUUAGCUGCUGCCGCCGCCGCCGCUCGGGCCGCGCCCGACCUCAGCCUCACCGACACUCGGGGCCCGUGAGGAGAGGCCGCCGCCAGAGGCAGGAACCCGCGGAGAGAACAGAGUUUGUGUUCCGAGCUCCACUGGUGCUGAGCAAAGCGGGUGAGGUGCGGGAUGAGUUUGAAAGCCAGCUGAGACAGUACGAGGAUCAGAAGGAGGGCCUAAAGGAGGAGGAUGAGGCCACAGAGGAGCUGAUCCAGAUCAUUUUGGCUGAAGAGGAAACGCAGGAAAUGGAGAAGAAGGUAACAGAGCCGGGGAAGAAAGACGAAGAGCCUUCGCGAAAGUGGAGCCGAGAAUUUGCAGCAGAUAACAUGUCGGACUCGGAAAACGAGGAGCCGGCAAAGCGUGUCCCAGCAGCCAACAGCAGCCCCCGAGCCAGGGCACUGAGCACGAGUUGUGAGAAGAGCAGGAGCUGGAGCACCCCAGCUGGGACCACGGGGCGUAAGGCUGGCUGCUGCCCGGUGCUGGGCUCAGGCUCCUCGACGCUCCUCAACGUCUUAUCCUCGUCAGAGAACAGCCGCUCGUGCUCGGCGCCGGCUCUGAGUGGAGAGCGAGCCGGAGGUGGGGUCCUUGGUGUUGGUGCCGGAGCCAGGCCCAUGGUGGGGGGCUGUACUGGAACGGGGGGCAUCUCCCGGCCCGUGGGCCCUCCCAGGGAGCGCUCAGGCAGCCCCGACAGCAAUGACAGCAUCUCGGAGGAGCUGAACCACUUCAAGCCGAUCCUGUGCUCCCCAUGCACCCCACCCAAGUGUCUGGCUGACGGGCGACUGCUUAGGCCUCGGGUGGUCCGCUCCACCCCGCGGAACCUCAGCCGCAGCCUCCAUAGCCCAACCCCUGGCACCUCGUACCCAGCCGGCCAGGGGCUGCUGCUCCGCUGGGGGCAACUCCUGCAGGACCGCCGUGACCGCCACUCGCAGGCCACACUAACCGCCCCGGCUCCCAGGCUAGCCCAGGACGAGCCUCAGACCGGGGAUAAGCGACUAAGCCAGGCUGAGGCUCGAGCCUUGCCAGAGGAGGAGGAGGGGAGGCAGGAUGGGCUCGGGAGGAGGAGGAGGAAGAGGAAGCCCCAAGCCUCGGGCUCUGCUCAGGCUCCUGCUGCCCGGAGCCGCAGGAAACGCAGCCAGAAUCAGGCUCGGGGUCACAACCCGCCCAGCGCUAAACACAGACACAAGUAACCGCGGCCCCAGCAGCUUCUAGAAUCUUCCAUUGCCACAGUCGCUCAUCCUCCUCACUCCCUCUCUCUUCCCCCCCAUCUUUCUCACUCC